AUGAAAGCAAGACUCAACGCUAUGCCGUUUGAUCCAUCAGGCAGCAACGACCCUCUCCACUUCAACGGUUCCAGCGGGCCACUGCUGACGGAGUGUCCUUCUCUGGAAAACACAGCUGAGAAUAGCAAAAAGAGAAAGAGAGCCAUCCUGCCUCCAGAAGGGAUCUGCAACAUGACGAUGGACUCCAACUCGAUACCAAUGCCCAUGUCCGACCCCAACGCCUGGGCCACAGCCAUGAACAACCUGGGCAUGCCUCCUAUUGGAAUCCCAGGACAGCCGCUGAUGCCAGAUUUUGACCCCACCCUUGGAAUGAUGGCUGGAAUCACUCCCAUGAACCCCAUGAUGCCCGGCAUCGGUAUGGUGCCUGGACAGCUCUCCCAGGAUUUACCGGUUGUCAAGGAGAUCAUCCACUGCAAGACCUGCACCCUAUUCCCCCCGAACCCCAAUCUUCCCUCGCCCGCCACAAGAGACCGCCCUCCAGGAUGUAAGACGGUGUUUGUAGGGGGUCUGCCCGAGAAUGCCAAUGAGCAGCUCAUCAUGGAGGUCUUCGGACAGUGCGGUGACAUCGUGGCCAUACGCAAAAGCAAAAAGAACUUCUGCCAUAUCAGAUUUGCGGAAGAGUUCACCGUGGACAAGGCUCUCUUCCUGUCAGGUUAUCGUAUCCGUUUGGGCUCCAGCACGGACAAGAAAGACACAGGUCGUCUUCACGUGGACUUCGCUCAGGCGAGAGACGAUCUGUACGAGUGGGAGUGUCACCAGCGACUGUUGGCCAGAGAGGAGAGGCACCGGCGCAAAGUAGAGGAGGAUCGCCUCCGGCCGCCCUCCCCCCCUCCCAUCGUGCACUACUCGGAGCACGAGUGCAGCCAGCUGGGGGACAAGAUUAAAGACGACGGCAACUUUCACGAAGCGGUGCGGGUGCUGCUGACCUGGCUGGAACGAGGCGAAGUCAACCGCAGGAACGCAAACAACUUCUACUCCAUGAUCCAGUCGUCCAACAGCCACAUCCGCCGGCUGAUGACCGAGAAGAGUCAGCACGAGAAGGAGAUGGAGGAGGCCAAAGAAAAGUUCAAGACGGCCCUCUCCGGCAUUCUAUCUCAAUUUCAACAGAUUGUGUCUGUAUUCCAAGCUGCUUCCAAACAAAAGGCAUGGGACCAUUUCUCCAAAGCUCAGCGCAAGAACCUGGACAUGUGGCACAAACAAGCCGAGGAGAUUAGAAACAUGCACAACGAGCAGCUGAUGGGCAUCAGACGAGAGGAGGAGAUGGAGAUGUCGGAUGACGACAUGGAGGACAUGCCUGACAGCAAAGACUCGGAGGACUCGGGUGUAUCCCAAGCAGAAGCCUUGAAGGAGGAGAACGACUCGCUGCGCUGCCAGCUGGACGCCUACAGGAACGAGGUGGAGCUGCUCAAACAGGAGCAGGGCAAGAACCAACCCAUGAGGAGCGAGGAGGACACCACGCACUCCCAGCAGCUCAGCUUCCUCCAGCAGGCUCUGCAAGGCAUGCAGAAGCAACUGUUGAAAAUGAGAGACGAAUUAAAACAGCGGGAGACGGAGCUGGAGAACAGCAUGGAGGACAAGCAGCAGCUGAAGAACCAAGUGCAGACGCUGAAGGACGGUUUGGAGAACCUGCAGAACACGCACCUAAUGCAGCUGGAGAAGGCGAAGCAGGACGACAGAGGCGCGGAGGAGAGUGCUAACCAAACCAGUGAAGCGACGGCGUCGACGGUGGUGUCGUGCAGUCAGGAGAAGGAAGGUCCGACGGAGAGGAAUCCACCGAGUCCAGUCCACUCAGAGAGGGAAGCACUGCUAGUGGGGAUCAUAUCCACGUUCCUGCACGUUCACCCGUUUGGAGCCAGCAUCGAGUACAUCUGCUCCUACCUGCAGCGUCUGGACACCAAGAUCAACCCCAGCGAGGUGGAGGCUCUUCUGUCUCGGCUGCCCUGCACCUUCAGGCAGGAGCUGACGGGGGUCGGGGCCAGUCUGGAGAAACGCUGGAGCUUCUGCGGCUUCCAAGGCAUCAAGAGCACAUAGACGCUGCCGGUGACACUUCUGGGACGCGGAGCAGACGACGAGACUCUGGCGAGAUGUGAAGGAAACAAUAUACAGCCCCCAGAUAUCAAAUCUGUGGACUGGUCCUGUUUGUACACGGACACAUCGGACUGAGCGCAGGUCUCAGAUCGGACAGGAAUGUUGCGUGAGCACUUCAGGGACGAGGCGAAGGCGGACGAGACUUAUAAACACACCAUUUCCAUGGCGACGGGAGUGUUGACAUCCAAUCAUAGCGACAAAGACUUCAUGAGGUUGAACUUUACGUUUCCCUAAGUGGAAAUCAUGUUUAGACCUAGCGACUCACCGGGAGUUGCAGAAGAGCAGCGAGUGCUACAGUAACUGGAGGAUUCUGUAGCCCUCACCCACAUGGGCGGGGCCUUGUGCUCUCCUGGCCUGUGAUUGGCUCUGUGUGGUGUCAGCGGGGGACUGGGACCACAGGGCUAACCGGGGGGCGGGUCAUCCGGGUCAAACUCAACACUUGAAACCUCCGAACCCUUCGGCCGAGAUUCCCUCUCCUCUUUUCGCUGUUGCUGGUUUGUAUCAUAGAUCAUAAAAUUGAUAUAUUUCUUCAUUUCCUGUAAAGGCUGUUAACAGUUGCAUAGGAUCAUUUGUUGUAAUACACUGUAAAU